CUGAGUUCAGGUUGCUUACUCAUUCAUCUUGGGGCACAGCUUUCUGUUUCAUAUGUAGGAAAUAUCGGUGCGGCUGUAUUGACUGGUGGACAUCUGGAGAAACUGACCGGAUCGGUAGAACUGGAUGAGGAGGAGUACGAACGGAUUCGGUGUGCUGGCGGCACUGUUGAUGAGAAUAAUCUCGUCAACGGUGCCACUUUGAACAGUAGACAACUUGGUUUCUACAGUUUUCAUCCAGUUCUUACUCCUAAACCGAUUGAAAAAUCGAUAUGGAUUACUAAAGAAAUGGAUUACGUGAUCAUCGCCAGUUGGGCUGUAUGGGAAUUCCUAAGUGAUGCGCAAAUUGCAACGAUUCUUGUCAGUUCGUUGAAUCCACAAGUAGCAGCGAAGACUAUCCAGGACUCGCUUCAAGCACGCGAUUAUAAUGGUAACUCAUGUGUGAUGGUGAUUCGUUUACUAAAACCGGAGCGUUCAUUUCGAAGCACCUCCAGUGAGUACGUCGGCUGUUUCACUCCAGUUCCAAAAGUGAUUCCGCCGAUGAGAGUCGAACUGAGGAAGACUCAAGAAGAUGCACUACAAAAAAUCGAACAAAAGCUGGAGAAGAUCAGUGAGGUCAUCGUGAAAAUGGAAGACGAGACGGCUGGGCAAAACGAUGGAUACAUCUCCGGAAGACAACUCUACAACAGGAUCGUUGCCCACGAAAAAGUAUCUAACUGGAUCGUUUCACCGAACUCCUCUGGCGCUGCUCCGCCUCCAGAUCCAACGUAUAGUGGUCACAGCGAAUUUGUGAAUGAGCUGAAGUCGAGGGUCGGUCGCGUUGACUUCAUUCAAGACGAAAAUGAGGUCUCAGUUGUUCCGCAGCAUCAUCAGAACAACCAGGAGAACAUUUAUAACUUAAAAAAUAAUAAAAUCACUGUGCCAUUCGGUGAAAACUUGAAAGGAACUACACGUCAACAGUGCAGUCCUGCCAUCUCUGAUGUGACCUCACCCGCUAGUUAUCUUCGGUGUCCCAGGUUAACUUCUCGUCAAGAACAGCCCUCUGAAAUAACAAAACCGAUGAGUAGUAAGAGUAAGUGUUUAGUUGGAGUUGACCAAUACGACGGCCUUUCUAUUGACACUGAUAAGCAGAGCCAUGCCUGCCCAGCAACAUCAGAAGACCCCUGGAUAGAGAGAGUCGAGUCCAGAAUCACAAACGAAGAUGGCACUGUCUACUCGUUGUGCUUUCCUUCAACAUCAUCAAGUAGCGAAUUCUAUAGCGUCACGAAAGCAAGAAAGGAACGGCGGCUUGCUUCUCGUGAAAAGUUUUGUAGAUCAUUCGGCUAUUACUCUUAUACGCAAGUACGGCCAUACAGUGAUGCUCAUGAAGUCCUGGAAAGCCCUUCUGCAUCCGGUUUGGAUUUUUUGACACCUGCCACAUCUAUGACAUCUCACCUAGAGAGUACAUUACCUUAUAAUAGAAGAAUGAGUGUCAUUGAAGAGGAGGUGCAUCAGAAGUUUUCCAGGCAGUGUACUAUAAACAAUCGUGAGCAAGCAAUUACCGCAACGGCCGACAUUUACGCUACUUCGCUUCAGAAGUUGGUUGUACACUUUGAAGAACAGCAUUGA